GUUUAGAUAUAAUGUCAGACCCUCACUCCAUUCUGGCGUGUGUGAGGAGAGGUCUGCGGUUACAUGUGUUUAAGGAUGUUGCUCGUCAAUAUCCGGUCAUUUUCUGUAUCUUCACCUUUAUGAUCUCCUCCACCAUCAUCCUCAACCAGUAUCUCCAUAUUCUCUUGAUAUUCUGGUUGUUUCUGGCUGGAGUGAUCACAUUCUACUGCUCCCUCAGUCCUGAAUAUCUGCUGCCAAAUGUUCUCAUCUCAAUAAAGACAGAGAGGAAACCACAGAAGCAGCAAGAAUUAUUCCCGCUGGGUCACAGUUGUGCAGUAUGUGGGAAAAACCAGUGCAAACGCCACAGACCUACCCUUCUGCUGGAGAACUAUCAGCCAUGGCUGGACUUAAAAGUGCCGUCCAAAGUGGAUGCCAGUAUUUCAGAGGUUUUGGAGUUAGUUCUAGAGAACUUUGUAUACCCAUGGUACAGAGAUAUUACAGGUGAUGAGGCAUGUGUCGAUGAACUGAGACAAACCAUCCAUUUCUUUGCUGCAGUUCUGGCUCACCGAGCACAAAGAGUGGAUGUUCCCUUAGUUUUGAUGGACAAAAUGAUGAAGGCCGCUAUGAAGCACAUUGAGAUCAUUGCAAAAGCACAGCAGAAAGUGAAGAAUACAGAGGGUCUCCAGCAGGCAGCACUAGCUGAAUACGGUUCCGAUCUGCAUGUGGCUCUGCGGAGCCGCAAAGAUGAGCUGCUGUACUUGAGGAAGCUCACAGAGCUGCUGUUUCCUUACGUCAUGCCCCCUAAAGCUACAGACUGCAGAUCUUUGGCCCUGCUGAUUCGAGAGGUCAUGACAGGUUCUGUUUUUCUGCCAAUAAUGGACUUCGUGGCUGAUCCUGACACAGUGAAUCACAUGGUGCUCAUUUUCAUUGAUGAUACUCCACCUGAGCCAGUGACUGACCCUCCAUCUGCGCUGGUGCCCUUCUUGGAGAAGUUUGCAGACCCACGCAACACAAAAUCCUCGGUGUUGAAGUUGGAUUUAAAGGAGAUCAGAGAGCAACAGGAUCUGUUGUUUCGUUUUAUGAGUUUCCUGAAGGAGGAAGGAGCGGUACACGUCCUGCAGUUCUGCCUGACUGUGGAGGAGUUUAAUGACCGGAUCCUGUGUCCUGAUCUGAGUGACACGGAGAUGCAGCGUUUGCAUGAGGAAGUGCAGAAGAUCUAUGAGAUGUACUGUCUGGAGGAGAGCAUCGACAAGAUCAGCUUUGACCCCUUCAUCAUAGAGGAAAUCCACAACAUCGCUCAGGGGCCGUCUACAGGGGUGGUGAAGCUCCAAACGAUGCCAUGUCUGUUUGAGGCCUAUGAACAUGUGCUGUCUCUGCUGGAGAAUGUCUUCACCCCCAUGUUCUGCCACAGCGAUGAGUAUUUUCGGCAUCUGCUUUGGGGUGCUGAAUCUCCUGCUAGAAAUUCAAAGCUAAACAGGAAUUUGAGUUUGGAUGAUUUAAGGAACACAUCAAAGCGUGGCGAGUCGUUUGGGAUCAGCCGUAUUGGAAGCAAAAUAAAAGGCGUGUUUAAGAGUAGCACAAUGGAGGGCGCACUGCUACCACAAUACGCCAUGAUUGAAGGAGAAGAAGACACGGUGGAGGAAGCAGUGAUGGUGUUUGAGGACGACUCUCCAGGGCCUGUGGAGGUGGUGGGAACUCCAGGGACAUUGCGUAACCUUGCCGCUUGGACCAUCUCAAUCCCUUAUGUGGAUUUUUUUGAUGACGAGGUUAAGAAAGAACGCACUCCAGUCUACUGCAUCGACGUGGAGCGCCACGACAGAAAAAAUGUGGGGCAUGAGACCGAGAGCUGGUUUGUUUAUAGAAAAUACCUGGAGUUUUAUGUGCUGGAAUCUAAACUCACAGAAUUUCAUGGCCUAUUCCAGGAUGCUCAACUCCCUGUUCAGUCCAUGAAUUCAUGCCGCCGAAUUCAUCAGACCAGGCUGUAUUUUUCCAGUCUGUCCAGUUCUUGGCUGACUGAAGUGAAACCUGAUGUGUGGUCUGCUGCUGUUGUAGCCCAUCCACCUCAAGGGAAGAUAUUUAAGUCUGUGCCAGGAAAACUGAUCAAAGAGAAAGGGCAAAACCUGGAGCCAUUUAUCCAGUCAUUCUUCAGUUCCUGUGAAUCCCCCAAACCCAAACCCAGCAGACCUGAGCUCACCAUCCUCAGCCCCACUGCAGAAAAUAAUAAAAAGCUAUUUAAUGAGCUGUACAGAAACAAUGCCAAUCUGCCAGAGGGCCUGGAGAGAAAACACAACCAGAACUACUUCAUGGAGCUGAUGGAGGUUGAUGGAGUAUAUGACUUUAUGAUGUACAUAGGUCGGGUGGUGUUCCACAUGCCUGAUUGGCUGCAUCACUUUCUGAGCGGAGCUCGUAUUCUCUUGAAGAGGACUCUAGAGGUGUAUGUAGGGCAUUAUUUCCAGGUCAAACUAGAGCAGCUCAUGCAAGAGCAUUGCCUCGUCUCUCUCAUCACUCUAUUCCGAGAUGCUGUUUUCUGUGAGAGCACAGAGGAACGCUCUCUUGAGGACAAACAGAGACGAGCCAAGCAGACCUUUGAGGAGAUGAUGAACUACCUGCCAGGUCUGGUCGGGAAAUGUAUCGGUGAGGAAGCAAAGUAUGAGGGCGUCAAGAUGCUUUUCAACACCAUUCAGCAGCCACUGCUCAACAAACAGAUGACGUACGUGCUGCUUGACAUCGCUGUCCAGGAGCUGUUCCCAGAGCUCAGUGAGAAUCAGAAGGCAGGUCUCUCCGUCUCCACUAAAUGGAUGUAAAACAUUAUCGGACUUAACAUCAACAUUAUAAAGCGUUUAUUGCACUACUAAAAUACAAUUAUUUAUUGACUUUAAUGGGGUUUGUUUGCCAUGGUUAUUCGUUGAAUCAUUGGAACCCUGCCUUAUUUGACCAGUCUGGUUUAAAUCGUAACAGCAUUAUAACAAAAGGUUUGGAUCAAGUAGAUUGUGACAUAAUGUCAUUAUCAGUAUGAUAACAUUCUUCAGACCUGAUGUAAAUAAACCAUUUUACACUCUUGAUGGUCCCCGAAGAUGCUCAAAAAGACACAGAAUACAGACAAGUAAAAAAA